CUACCAACAUAUGCCAAUAUAACUCAAUAUCCCACGAAAUCCAGUAAAUCAACUAAAUUAUUGAAAUUCAAUCGAUUGGACAUUGUCAUAUUGGCAUGAGCAGAUCAUCAGAUAAGAUAAGAAAAUUGCACGUGCCAGCAACAUCACAACGUCAUUGCUUUGACGACGAUCUGAUUUGGCUUUCUAUUCUACAGCUAUUGAUUUUCCUUAUUGUCAAGCAUUAUAAAGUGUUCUUUUGGAGUUUACAUUGCUGUUCAUGCUUCUAUAGACUGACCAGGUAUUCUAUCAGGACCUAAUCUGCGUUGGUCUACUACCCCGCUUUGAGACCUUGAGUCAUCUAACAGACUCAAUUUUAUAGAGAUAGUUAUCACUGUGGCCUCCUCCA